AUGGAUCAUCGGUUCCCAAUUACCCGCGACGAUCUCUUCAAUAUCCAGAUGGAUUUGAAGCAAAUCCAACUGGUUCAGAGUACCCAGGGCGAGAGACUUGCAAGACUCGAAAGACGCCAGGAACAAGAUGCGAGCCUCAAGUCGGUGUGGCAGCAGCAUCCGUUUCCUGGCGUCCUAGCCGGAACGCCCCAGCAAGGUAGUGUUUGUGUCCUGGAUACCGGUCGAAACCACCCAUUACUGACGUUGCAUGCACCAGGGCCGACCCAUAUAUCACCCAACGACAUGUUUGAUGAUUUUGACGAGCAAGGCCAGCAUUUGCUGAGCUCCCUUCACCUCGGUCCGGCUGAAGAAGAACCUACCCGCCGGGGUGCGGCGUCUCGAGCCAACAGCGUGCGAUUUGAUGAGAGUGCUUUAAGGGGAGCGGAUUGGUCUAGUCAAAGCAACCGCCACUCUGGCGAAUUUGGACCCCCGCGCCCGAGCAGCGGCCUGAUGAUGGAGAGGUCCUUGUCACACAAAUCGGACGGACGCCAUAGUUCAGCGGGCCAUUCUGUCCAUUCCUUUCAUUCCGUGGCAUCUGGCCGAGCCAGCAGCCUGGGUCUGGAUACCAACUUCAUGGUUAGCAGCCACGAGGAUGACUCUCCUCUUGACAUGCCCGAGCCGCCGCCAGGACUGUUCUUUCUGGGAUCCGUCCCAACCAUCAUUCGAUGCUGGCUUACGACCAACUUUUGCCAUGACACGGUUCUGUACGCCGACUUGUGCACGGGAUCACAAAAGUCCGUGGUGGACUACUCUGUCAUCAAGGACCUUGGCUUACUGGACGAGAUUCAGCGCGAUGUGGACAGCACGUAUAAGAUCCGACUUUCUGUGUACUUGGUCGAAGCGACCGUUUCCGAACGAAGCAGCCGGCCUUCGAGUCCAGGACACCAGAUGCCUAGCCUGCUGACUACCUUUGAGGUGUCCGGCAUGGACCAGCCCGAAGGAGCCGAGCCGAGAAGGGGCAUCCAGAUCUUUAUCGGCAGCGACACCCUCAGGGCCCACCAGGCCGAUAUUCUCUUGUCACAGAACCGCAUGUGUCUCUAUGGAAGCGAGCGCGAAAAGCUAUCAGUGCCGUUCGUGCGUCCAGAGGACGAAGGUGCCUUUAAGCACAUCAGCACAAUCAACUUCAUCCCGGAGAAGCCUCGGCUUAACGCCAACGCCGCGCCAUUCGUGUCUGGGGAUCCGCGACCACAGGCCUCGACGACGCACGAUACAUUGGACCACAGCGUCUCAAGCGUGCAGCCUGAAGAUGCCGAGUCGCAGGGUCCCUUGUCUCCCAUGGAUCCUCACUCUGUACCCAACAAGUCGAUUGGAGCAAGCAACCUGUCUGAAAGUGGCGGGGAGAGUGAGAGACCAGGCAGAGAUCACACCAGCGGGUCUGAGUCAGGGGUGAGAGAGCUUUCGACUGCGUACAACACCUCAGCCAGCACAGACGGCAGCCGACGUGAGUCCGCUGGUGGCAUAUGGGGCUCGUGGCGUCAGGGCACUUCGGCGAACGGCAGCGAGAACGGACAGCGGGAUGCCAAUGGCCCAUUGAGCGGCUACCAGCCUGCGGGCCGCGCAAGUCGGAACAUGAAGGUGUUGAAGCCCCUGAAAUCGGGUUCAUCAUCCUCGUCUGCCCGAACCGGUGCCGCUUACGAGCCGCCACCAGUGCCUAGGACCAGCGGCGAACAUCGCCGAAAGAGUCAAGUCAGUGUAGCGGCGGAGAGCACACCCCCCGCAACAACAGUCCGUUGGGAGCCCAAGCGGACAGUCAGCAGCGUCAGUAGCACAGCGGAUACCAAGGCCCAGCGCGAGACGAAGAGCGCGGGCCCGCCUCUGCCGCGGUCAGCGAACCCCAUUGGAGGUGCAUCCGCAUUCUCGUGGAUGAACCCGGCUGGCAAAGCAAAGCCUACAGCAACGGCCGAGUAG